AGCAUCCCUCCAUGGCCUCUGAUCAGCUCCUGCCUUAAAGUUCCUGCCCUGUUUGAGUUCCUGUCCUGACUUCCUUUGAUGAUAGACAAUGAUGGAGAAGCAUAAAGCAGAAGCUGUCACUGCUGCAAUAGGAGGAGUUGUGGCUGUAGCAGCUGUUCCUGUAGCCCUGACUGCCAUAGGCUUCACGGGGACAGGAAUAGCAGGGGCAUCCAUAGCAGCCAAGAUGAUGUCAGCAGCUGCAAUUGCCAAUGGGGGUGGAGUUGCAGCAGGAAGCAUGGUGGCCACACUGCAGUCAGUGGGGGUCCUUGGACUUUCAACAACAACGAACGCAAUCCUGGGAGGUGUUGGGGCAGCUAUUGGAUACUUGUUUUGAACUUAGGAGAUGACACCUCUACCAGUUGACCCCAAAGCCUAUAAGGACUCAUUAGGAGACAGUGUAUCUAUCCCGAGAUGACCCUCUAAAUCCCUCAAUGUUGUCAAAAAAAAAAAUGAUCAAAAAUAAAGGCCUUA